UGUAAUCGAUUCCCCCACUGGCCCCCUUCUCUUUGUUUCCUCCCUUUUCGCCCAUUAUCGGCUUCUAGGGUUAGGGUUUCUCUCUUUGUCCAGACGAGACACUCAAAACUCUCUUCUUCUUUCUCCUUCUUUCCUCACUAAGGAGAUUCUCUUAUCCCUUUCUCCAUUACCAUGCAGCCUGCACCUGGUGUUGCCCCUCACAACAUGCCUCACCAGGCCCCUCAGUACCAACAACAGCAACCUCCUUACAUGAUGAUGCCCCCUCAGCCGCCCCAACCUCAGCCUGUUCCUCAGAUGUGGCCUCAGCAGCCACAGGCCGGUUCCCCACAGGGCCAACCCCCUCAGUCUGCCAACGGGGAUGAGGUUCGUACCCUCUGGAUCGGAGACUUGCAGUACUGGAUGGACGAGAACUAUAUCUUUAAUUGUUUUGCUCAUACUGGCGAGGUUUCCUCUGUGAAAGUGAUUCGGAACAAGCAAACCGGCCAGUCCGAGGGUUACGGUUUUAUUGAGUUUUUAACUCGUCCAGCUGCAGAAAGAGUACUUCAAACUUAUAAUGGCACCGCCAUGCCCAAUGGGGCUCAAAAUUUUAGAUUGAACUGGGCAUCAGCAGGGGAGAAGCGACAAGAUGACUCUCCUGAUUACACUAUUUUUGUGGGAGAUUUGGCUGGUGAUGUUACUGAUUAUGUGCUACAAGAAACAUUUAGGGCACGCUAUAACUCAGUUAAGGGCGCUAAAGUUGUGAUUGAUAGGCUCACUGGACGCACUAAGGGUUAUGGAUUUGUUAAGUUUGGGGACGAGUCUGAACAAAUGCGAGCAAUGACUGAGAUGAACGGUGUUCACUGUUCAUCCAGACCCAUGCGAAUCGGACCAGCAGCUAACAAGAACACUUCUGGCGGUCAGCAGUUCUCGAAAACUUCAUAUCAGAAUCCUCAAGGGGCUCAGAAUGAGAAUGAUCCAAACAAUACGACUAUAUUUGUGGGCAAUUUGGAUGCUAACGUGACAGACGAACACUUGCGACAAGUAUUUGGUCAAUAUGGGGAAUUGGUGCAUGUAAAGAUACCUGUAGGCAAACGAUGUGGUUUCGUUCAAUUUGCUGACAGGAACUGUGCUGAGGAAGCGCUACGUGUGUUGAAUGGAACACAAAUUGGUGGACAGAACAUUAGACUCUCAUGGGGACGUAGUCCUUCAAAUAAACAGCCACAGGCGGACCCUAACCAAUGGAAUGGAGGUGGCUAUUACGGAUAUGGACAAGGAUACGAAAACUAUAGCUAUGCCCCAGCUCCUCAGGACCCUAAUAUGUUCUACAGUGGCUAUGGUGGGUAUGGAAAUUACCAGCAGCCUCCCCCACAACAACCGCAGCAGCAGCAGCAAGGAGGAUACAUGUAGAUUUGAAGUUUUGUUUACUCUGCCGUGGCCGCUCCCCUACCGAAUCUCCCGGGGAUAUGAUGGUUAAAGAUUUUGGCAAAGUUAUUUCACCCUCCCAUUACAUCCAUUCUGAAGAACUCAUCCUUUUCCUAUUUUCUGUUCUACCUAAACUCUUUGAUGACAUGAGACAUCUUUUCUUUUUUAUUUAUUAUUAUGUUAUCCCGCAGAAGUUUUAUUACGACUCUGUGUCGUUUAUUUUCUAUCACUACAUUUUUGGUCUUUUGAUGAGAGAGAAUCUGGAGGCUUUUUGCCUUUGCUUAUGAGUAUUGCAUUUUAUACUGAUUUAAACACUGACAAGUAAUUCAUCCCUAGCAAAUUUAUGGCC